UAACACACACUUCCUGGAUGGCUUGAGUAACCGCUUUGUCAUCGGAGUCCUGCACAUUUGAAGUUCUCUGCAACCGGGUGUAUUCCAAUAUUGGCUUUUCAUUGGCUGAUCGCGCGAGUCAACAAACAACAAAGAAGAGACACCCGGCAUGACACGGUGACCAUUCUGAUGAGAGCCUGUUAUAACGUCUUCUACUCAUUCGACAUUUUCGACAGCUUCUGGAGAAGAAUUCACCUUAUAACCAUUAUUUAAGAGUAGACACAUAUUUUUAAGAGAUGAACGGAGACUACGUGGACGCGCGGCGCGAGGACACACCAGAUGCUGGUAAGGAUGGGGGAUCAGGACAGCAGCCCAUACAGGUUGAUGCAAAGGGUCACUCGCAUGACUUCAGAUACAGCCUUAACUACCCCAUCAUCGGCCACUGCAUCAUCAUCAACAACAAGAACUUUGAUCACAAGACAGGCAUGAACCAACGCAAUGGCACAGAUGUAGAUGCAGGAAACAUAAUGAGCGUAUUUCGAAAGCUCGGAUAUAUCGUGAAAGUCUACAAUGACCAGACAGUUCAGCAGAUUGUACAGGUUCUAACCGCAGUUGCAAGGGAUGACCACAGCCGCUGUGCUUCAUUAGUGUGUGUUUUGCUUAGUCAUGGAGAUGAGGGUGUGUUUUUUGGCACUGAUGGUGCUGUGGAGUUUAAGUCCUUAACUAGCCUUUUCAGAGGAGACCGCUGCCUAUCACUAGUGGGAAAACCUAAACUUUUCUUCAUACAGGCUUGUAGAGGCACUGAACUGGAUCCUGGUGUAGAGGCAGACAGCGCAUAUGGGUCUAUGAGGAUCCCAGUGGAGGCUGACUUCCUCUAUGCCUACUCUACAGCACCAGGUUACUACUCCUGGAGAAACACAAUGACCGGCUCAUGGUUCAUUCAGUCUCUCUGUGAAAUGAUGACAAGGUAUGGCAAAGAACUAGAGCUGAUGCAGAUCAUCACCAGGGUCAACCAUAAGGUGGCGCUCGAUUUUGAGUCGACCUCCAACAUGCCUGGCUUUGACGCCAAGAAGCAAAUCCCCUGCAUUGUCUCAAUGCUCACCAAAGAGAUGUACUUCACUCCUUAAGAGGGUUCAUUGACUGAGAGCUAAAAGGGCACAUUUAGGGUCUUCUCCAGCUUUCCUGUGUAUUUAUCACAGGUGUCGCAUAUUGAUUUAGAGGUUAGGCUUAAAGGGAUAGUUCACCUCAUGAAUUUUUUCACCCUCAUCUAGUCAUGUCAUAACUGAAUACUUCAGUAAGAAAGUCUGAAAGGAAGGGUUUGUGAUAACAUGAGGGUGAGUAAAUGAUGACAGAAUUUUCCUUUUUUGGUGAACUGUCCCUUUAAGAGGAUACAGUUAAAGACCCUUUAUAAAAGAAAUAAAGUGAACCGCUUAUUUGCUAGAAACAUUAUCUGGACAUGCUCAGUUUGGGAUUUCAACUGUCUCAGGAGUGUUGUUUUAGAGGUGCUGUGUUUCCGAAGAUUUUUAAUUGGCAUUUUAUGUUUUGUAAUACAAUGUAGGUAGGUGUUUUUCCUUUUCGUCUUGUGACCGUAUAACAUUUCACAUGUCCCAUGCCUCUGGUUUUCUAAUCAAAACGUUUGAAUAAGCAAUCAUUAGAGGCAAGUUUUGUUGGGAUUUGUAGAAUUGCAGUAAUCAGGGACUUCGAUAAACUUUCUAAUAUUGAUACUACACUAGUUUGUGUGUAAAAACAAUCAAAACUAUUCCCAGGUGCCUCACUGAGCCAUGUUAACAAUCUUUGAUAAAACUUGAAAAGUCACAUAAAGCUCUCUGCUUGGACACAAUAUAUGCAUUAUUUAAAGGAAUAUUUUGUGGUGUAAUACAAGCUAUGGGAAGCAUCUGUGACAUGCUGUCAAUUACCAUAGAAAAUAUUCAAGCAAAUAACAUGGAAGUCUAUAUGAACAUUUGUACAUUCCUGUAAUGAAGAAAUGUUAAUGCAUUUGUUUGAUUGUACAGAGUAUUGGGCUAGUCAAAAUAAUUUCCUGUUGUAAUCGAUGGAAUGUCACAGAUGCUAUCGAUAGAUCCUUAGUUCAAUUUAAUAUGGAAUAUUCCUUUGUCGGUCCCUUUAAAGUCUUGUGAACAUAAGAAUCAGUCACAUGAGAGAACUAUCAUGUUGAAGUUUUUGGUUAUUAUGCAUGUGUUUUUCUGUGUCUGACUGUGAUCUUGAACUCUUCCAUAUGAAGUUUUGUUUUUCUUCACAAAACACCACCAGAUGUUUUCUUUUUAUUAAUGUGUAUAAGAUCAGUCACAUUGUGCAUGCUUAUUGAACCAUGUUUGUGAAAUAUGUUCUGUGUAACAAAGAGAACCUUUUUGUAUUUAAUUAUUAAAUAAUUCUAG